AUGUCAUCGGCAUCUCCAACAAGACCAUCGAGGCGAGCAGCUGGCAGGAGAAAAGUUGUCAUUGAAGAAUCUGAUGAGGAGAACAGCGCCGUUGUUGUUGACGAAGAGGACGAAGAUGAUUUUACACCAGCGCCCCAGCAGAGUCCAAGGCGUCAAACACGGCGCAGAGCUACCGAGACACCGGAGACUCCUCGUGCAACAACACGCGCACGACGCGCAAAGACUGGAGAUGAUGUAGUGCCGUCUCAGACCCUACACCCGGCCAAGGAGGAGCAGUUGCCAGGUUCUCCUACCAAGAGAGCGUCACCAAGGAAGCGUAAGAGCGCUGCACCUACCAAAAGAGGUCUUCCCCUUGAAAUCAAAGAGGAACCUCCUCAUUUACCAACACCUCAGCCGUCUAUAAGCCCAGAACCCGCACAAAUGCGUUCGGCGCCUUUGGCAGACAUUACAUCUUCGGUGAACAACGAGCAAGGGCCUUCUACAGAUAGUCAGAAGCCCUUUAUUCCAAUCAAGCCCAUGAAUGCUGUUCUAGAGAAGCCCAUGGACAUUGUAAUUAGAUCAAGAGCAUUAGCAGCACCUCCAAAAGAAGAAGAUAUUGGACCGAAGCCAAGAAUGGUCAUCAAAUCUUUGACUCUCAACAAUUUUAAGAGCUAUGCUGGACGGCAGGAAGUUGGACCCUUUCAUGCUUCUUUCUCUUCUGUCGUAGGGCCCAAUGGCUCUGGGAAAUCUAACGUCAUUGACUCGCUUCUUUUUGUAUUUGGAUUUCGAGCAAGCAAAAUGCGGCAGGGCAAGAUUUCUGCGCUAAUUCACAACUCGGCGGCCUUUCCUGAUCUAGAUCAUUGCGAAGUGGCGGUCCACUUUCAAGAGGUCAUGGAUAUUCCAGGAGAAUGUCACGAAGUAUUAACAGAUGCAGACCUGAUAAUCUCGCGGAAAGCGUUCAAAAACAACUCAAGCAAGUACUUUAUUAACGGACGAGAAUCAACAUUCACCGAUGUUACUAGCCUUCUGAAAGGAAAGGGAAUCGAUUUAGAUCACAAGCGUUUCUUGAUUCUUCAGGGUGAAGUUGAGUCCAUUGCUCAAAUGAAACCAAAAGCAGCGAAUGAGCAUGACGAUGGCUUGUUAGAAUAUCUUGAGGAUAUCAUUGGCACCUCCAAGUACAAGUCGCCCAUUGAAGAAUCAGCCACUGAGGUCGACACAUUGAAUGAGGUAUGCACAGAGAAAAGUGCGCGAGUCCAGCAUGUCGACAAGGAGAGAACAAACCUGGAAGACAAGAAAGAUAAGGCUCUUGCUUUUAUCAAAGAUGAAAAUGAGCUAGCUUUCAAGCAGUCUGCUUUGUAUCAAGUCUACACUGGCGAGUGCGAAGAUAAUCUCAAAGUGACAGAUGAAGCGAUCGCAGAUACGCAAGGCCAAUUGAACGCAGAAUUAGAAAAACAUCAAGGGAAUGAAGAUGGCAUCAAAAAUCUUGAGAAAGCUUACAAGCAGGGCUCAAAGGAACUAGAACAUCUUCAAAAGGCCACCCAAGCGGUGCUCAAAGAGAUGGCCAAGCACGACAAGGAGAACGUAAAAUUUGAGGAGAAAAAGAAAUUUCUGCGAUCGAAGCAAGCUAAACAGGAGAAGUCUUCUCAAACAAGUCGACUUGCUACUUCAGAAGCCACUAGCUUGAUCGAAAAACAUUUCGACGACAUAGAGCGCAAUGCGCAAGACAUUGCCCGUAUGGAAACUGAAAUGAGCACAGAGGAAAAGGAGUUGGCUUCUAUUCGGGAAACUCUGAAAGGGAAGACGCAGACCUUUUCGGAGCAGAUUGCUUCCAAGCAAAAGUCAUUAGAACCGUGGAACGAAAAAAUCAACCAAAAGCAGUCUGCAAUCGCCGUUGCACAGAGUGAACUUGACAUUCUCCACGAGCGAGCUUCUGCUGGAAGCAUCGCAAUUGAAGAGGCUCAGGCGCGAAUUGAGUCUUUGAAAACAUAUCUAAAAGCAAAAGACGCAGAGGUCAAGCAGCUUAAAAACCAUAAAGCUCAGGUCGAAAAGGAUGAGUCGAAAGUUCAAAUAGACCUGGACACGUUAACCCAGCAAGAGCCUGAGAUGAGAUCCAGAUUGUCGGGCGCCAGACAAAAAGCUGAUGAAGCAAGAGCGAGCCUGUCGAGCACACAGACUCAAGGAAAUGUCCUGAACGGGUUGAUGCGUCUCAAGGAAUCUGGUCGUAUUGAAGGAUUCCACGGCCGACUAGGAAAUUUAGGAACUAUAGAUCAGAAGUAUGACAUAGCGAUCUCAACGGCCUGUCCUUCUCUAGACAACCUAGUGGUGGACUCAGUCGAUGUUGGUCAGCAGUGCAUCGAUUACCUGAGGAAAAAUAACUUAGGCCGCGCCAACAUUAUUUUGCUUGACAGGCUCGCGAAAAGAGAUCUAUCACCUGUUGAGACCCCAGAAAACGUGCCCCGGCUUUUCGAUCUUGUCAAAACAAAGAAAGAUAAUUUCAAACCUGCCUUCUUCAGCAUUAUGCAGAAUACUUUAGUUGCAAGAGAUCUUGAGCAGGCAAAUCGUAUCGCGUAUGGGGCAAAACGCUGGCGUGUCGUUACGCUCGACGGUCAAUUGAUCGAUGUAUCCGGCACAAUGAGCGGCGGUGGCACUCGCAUAGCUAAAGGGGCUAUGUCUUCCAAACUGGUUGUUGAAACCACCAAAGAACAAGUCUCAAAAUUGGAAGUGGACUCAAAUCGAUUAGAGCAGACAUUCCAAGAAUAUCAACAAAAUUUGGCGGCCCUUGAAAGCUCACUAAAACAGCAUCAUGAGAAGAUACCCCAGCUAGAGACCGCGAUACAAAAAGCAGGCUUAGAAUUUGAGAGCGUCAAGCGUAAUCUCACGGACGCUGAGCGUCGGGUAAGCGAACUAGCAGCAGAGCAACCAUCAACCCAUUCCGAAGACGCUCGUGUUUCGGUGUUGGACCAAGAAAUCGCUAAGCUUGAGAGGGAACUUAAGAAACUUCGACAGGAAACAUCGGGGCUGGAAGGCGAAAUCCAAGAACUUCAAGACAAGAUUAUGGAAGUUGGGGGAGUUCGGCUAAGGGCACAGAAAGCGAGGGUAGAUGGUUUGAGAGAGCAGAUUGAUAUGUUGACCGAGGAAAUAUCGAAUGCUGAAAUAGCAAAGACGAAAGCGGAGAAGCAGAAAACUAAACACCAGCAGGCGUAUGAAGACGCUAAGAAAGAGCUUGCCGCUGCCACAGAAGAACUAGAGAGUCUUGGGAACGAAGUCAAACACCAGGCAAACGACGUAUCACAUUCCAAGCAAAAGGCCGAGGAGGCGCAAGACGCUCAGAGUACUAAGCAAGAAGAGCUCGUGGCGUUGAAGCAAGAGCUUGAUGAGAGGACAGCAGAGUCAAACGAGAUCAGGGCCAUAGAAAUAGAGAUGCGGAACAAGCUUGAAGAAAACAACAAAGUUCAAUCCGAAUACCAGAAGCGAUUAAGAUACUGGACGGAGAAGCUUAGCAAACUCUCAACUCAACAAGUCAGCGAUCUUGGCGAGGAACAAGAAGCUGAACAAUUGCCGCAAUACACCAAGGAUGAGCUUGCAGACCUGGACAAGGGUAUCCUCAAGGGGGAGAUCGCUGCUCUGGAAGAAAAAACUCAGAAUGUCAACGUGGAGCUCAGUGUUCUGGCUGAGUACAGGCGUCGUGUAGAAGAACACAUCUCAAGGAGCAACGACUUACAAACCGCGGUCACAUCACGCGAUGCGGCCAAAAAGCGAUGUGAUGAGCUCCGUAGACUACGCCUCGAGGGUUUCAUGACAGGCUUCAGCACGAUCUCUUUACGAUUGAAGGAGAUGUACCAAAUGAUCACCAUGGGCGGAAACGCAGAGCUCGAGCUUGUCGACUCUCUGGACCCAUUUUCGGAGGGUAUCUUGUUUAGCGUUAUGCCGCCGAAGAAAUCUUGGAAGAACAUCUCGAACCUCUCUGGUGGUGAGAAGACACUGAGUAGCUUGGCUUUGGUAUUCGCUCUGCAUCAUUACAAGCCCACACCCUUGUACGUCAUGGACGAGAUUGAUGCCGCGUUGGACUUCCGAAACGUCUCUAUCGUCGCGAGUUACAUCAAGGAAAGGACGAAGAAUGCACAAUUCAUCGUCAUAUCUUUGCGGAAUAACAUGUUUGAGCUAGCUUCCCGGCUGGUAGGUGUAUAUAAAGUCAAUCACAUGGUACGUGCAUCCUUAGGCGCAAUGCUUAUCAAUGGAUUGCUGACAGUCGACGUAGACGAAGAGCGUGACGGUUGA